AUGGAGGCCAACAACGAUGGGAGUAAUAAGAAGCCCGCUACUAAAUGCGACCGCCGAUCCCCCUGCUCUAGCUGCAUCGCCGCGGCGCUUGAUUGUCGGAUCUCUCGUCGGGUCCCCGAGAGGCGACAGCGAGUUCUGAUAUCUGCUCGCUACGAUGAAGCUAUGGAGAACGUGAAUCGCUCGCUUCAGGAAGUAUCGGAGGGACUGCAAAAGCUCCUUCGGAAUAGCGAGCAGACCAAGGGCUUUCCAAAUAGCUCUCCUGCCUUGUUCACCGCUAACUAUGUAUCAAAUGCAUCUGGACCCUCGGAAGGGUACAGGGGCGAUUCCUCCUUCAAAGCGCACGUCCAACGGGUGACAGAAGCCUUAAGGGACGCUACCGCGAAUGUGGAUUCCAGUCUAACCGACCAAAGCUUCGCUACGGCCAUGACUGCUACGCAAUUAAUUAAAGAGGUGGCUGACAGCGAGGAAACCACUUCUAGCGAGGAAAACGUCAAUUCACCCUCGUUCAAAGUCCAGUAUCCGGAACUAGAAGGCAGACCACUGCCACCACUUGAACCUGUGCUCAAGCUACUCCGACUGAUACAUACCGAGAAGCAGCGCUUUUUUAUCGAUACUCCGGUCAUAGAUGAGGCGGAAUUUGCUGAACUAUGCCAGAAGGUUUAUUUUGCGAUCAACGACUACUCGCUGUCGACAUGGACCACCGUUAAUACCGGUUUAUAUUACUUAUUCCUUGGCCUCGAGGAACAUGAACGCUCCCAGGUCGGCAUAACGCUCGCUGACAUACAAGCAUAUACUCGGCUGUUGUCAGUCAACAUAGAAGCUGGUAUACAUUCAUUUAGACUCUGUCAUGAGCCAUCGAUGGAAGGAUGCCAGGCCUUAGCACUUCUGACGGCAUUUUGUAUGAAAUCGGGACGGAGUGCAUUAGCCUGGUCGUUGAUCGCGGCUGCUUCCAGGAUGUGCAUUGAUCUUGGCUGGCAUCGCCUGUCUAAGCAUCCAAAGGGACCGGAACUGUCCAAGAAACGGAGAAUAUUCUGGUGGGUAUAUGUCAUCGACAAAGGCAUGGCCUUCACGCUGGGCAGAACUCCUUCGAUUCAUCAGUACGAUGUCGCGACCGAGCGGACGUCGUUUCCCCUGGACAUACCAGGGCCGCCGGGAUACCUGUACGGUGGGUUUGUCGAAUUCGCUGUCAUUGUGGGCGACAUGCACAUACAGCUUUUCUCCGCAUCUGCUCAGCGAACGUCACCACAAGUCCGCGUUGAGAAUGCCAAAGCCUUUGCUUCCAGGCUCUUCCAAGUUAACAAUAGCUUGAAGCAGACUCUCCGAGAUGAGCCCCCUGCGGACGCCAGGUUCCAAGAUGCAAGCGUGCUUUUCGACAUCAUCAUGCACUGCCUCGUGACAAUCGUAUAUCGCAUCGUCCCCUGUGGUGAGCCCAAGCCUCACCCACUCCAGUGCCACACUGGCUGUAUCGAAGCGGCACGGCAAGCCCUCUCUACGAUUGUGCAGGCAAGUCAGACGCUAGGUCAACGUAAUCCCCUGGGCUGGAACAUGUUUCUGAACCUGCUCUUUUCUCUCGUCCCAUUUACCUGUUUUGUGGUGCUAGCAGGAAACACCAUCGCCUGCUUAUCCCCCGAGGACCUGGCGCUCCUAUCCGCCACCGUACGAGCCAUAGAGCCAAUGGCUACCAGCUCUCCAUCUGGAAAAAAGCUUUUUGAUGUCUGCAGGUCAUUCUAUCAGGUGGCUAGCUUCUCAGUCACCCGACAGGCAGCCAUUUCCGCUGCCCCGGCAUCCGCCCCUGUGGCUGUGACUCAGGUAUUUGGAAACCCGCCUGUAGGAAGCUUUUCGGAACCGCUUGAUAGCUCGGCAGCGCCACUGUAUGAGCACAUAAUGGCUCCGCAGGACUGGGAUACGGUUAUGGGAGAGUUUGAUCUGGGGAUUGGUGCUGGGGCGAUGGCCUCUUUUGUGGAGCCGUAUAUUCCGUUUGAUGGGCGGGUGCUUUAA